GCUGAAGGAGAGGCUCUUCUGUUUCCCAGGCAUGCCAGCGGUGUGGAGAGUCCUGCUGCUGUGGGUCUGCGUCUGCAUCUGGCUUCCAGCUCAGGUCCAUGGAGCUCUGGUCGUGUCCCGCAGAGAUGCUUUGACACAGGAGUCCAAAGAUGCUUCGGACAGCAGGUCAAUAAAGAAAAGAAGCACAAACUCUGCAAAUAUGGUGGAGGUGCACAGCGCGACGGUGGACUGCACCGUGACGUCUCGUUUCGCCCACACCGUCAUGACCUCCAAGGCUCUGAACAAAGCGAACACCUCUCAGGAAAUCUUCUUCGAAGUAGAGCUGCCCAAGACCGCCUUCAUCAGCAACUUCAGCAUGAGAAUUGACGGUCAGGUGUACGUUGGUGAGGUGAAGGAGAAAGAGAAAGCAAAGAAAGAGUAUGAGAAGGCCGUUUCCUCUGGACAGACUGCUGGACUGGUCAAGGCUUCUGGAAGAAAGAUGGAGAAGUUUUCAGUGUCUGUCAACAUUGCAGCCAAAAGUAACGUGACUUUCGUUCUGACCUACGAGGAGCUCCUACAGAGGAAACUGGGCCAGUAUGAGAUUCUGACCCGAGUCAAACCCAAACAGCCGGUGCAGGACUUUCAGAUUGUGGCCGACAUCUAUGAGCCCCAAGGCAUUGCUUUUGUUGACGCCACUGCAACAUUCCUCACCAAUGAGCUGCUCUCCUUGGUGGAGAAAACUGUCACAGACACAAAGGCACACAUCUCUUUCUCCCCAACUCUGGAGCAACAGAGGAAAUGUCCAGGUUGCGAGGGCACCAUAAUUGACGGAGAUUUUAUCAUCAAGUACGAUGUGAAGCGAGAGGAGAGCCUCGGGGAAAUUCAGAUUGUGAACGGGUACUUUGUGCACUUCUUUGCCCCAUCUGACCUGCCCAGAGUCCCAAAGAAUGUGGUGUUUGUGAUCGACAGGAGUGGAUCAAUGGCCGGUAGAAAGAUUGCACAGACCCGGGAUGCAUUGAAGGCCAUCCUGAGAGACCUCCACCAGGAAGACCACUUCGCUCUCAUCCUGUUUGACAGUGACAUCGUCACCUGGAGGGACUCUCUCACCAAGGCAACAAAGGAAAAUGUGGCUCAAGCCAUUGCCUAUGUGACUAAACUGAAGGACAAAGGAGCCACCAAUAUGAAUGAUGCUCUCCUGAGAGCAGUGAGGAUGCUGGUGAGGGAAAGAGACGAUGGUAACCUUCCACAGAGGAGUGCAGACAUGAUUAUUUUACUGACCGAUGGGAUGCCAAACCAUGGAGUGUCUGACCUCAAGAGGAUCCAGGACAAUGUGCGUUCUGCUAUUGAUGGGAAGAUGUCUUUGUUCUGUCUUGGAUUUGGUAAUGAUGUGGCUUACUCCUUCCUGGACGUGCUGAGCAGAGAAAACAAAGGACUGGCUCGCAGAAUUUUUGAGGGUUCAGAUGCAACUCUUCAACUUCAGGGUUUCUAUGAGGAGGUGUCCAGCCCGCUGCUCUUGGAGGUGGACCUACGUUAUCCUGACAACGCAGUGGACUUCUUGACCAAAAAUCACUACAACCAGCUGUUCAACGGCUCAGAGAUAGUGGUAUCCGGUCAGCUGACAAACAACGACCCCGAUAACUUCUUGGUGGAAGUGUUUGCCAAAGGGCCUGAGGAGGACUUCUUGGUGCAGGGGAAGGCUCGUGUGGUAAACUUGGACUUGAUCUACCCAGAAAAGGAGUACAUCUUUGGGAAUUUCUCCGAGCGUCUGUGGGCCUACCUCACUAUCCAGCAGCUACUGGAGAACAGUGACAUUGGGUCUCAGCAGGAAAAAGACAGCAGGACAGCCAAGGCCCUUGACAUGUCCCUGCGAUACAGCUUCGUCACCCCUCUCACCUCCAUGUUGGUGAAAAAGCCUGAAACUGAGGAUGGACCGAGCGGCCCUCUCAUCGCGGAUAAACUGACUGAGGACCAGCGACAGAAAGCAGAGAGACAUGGCGGAGCCUCUGGGUCACAUGCUGCUAGACCCCAUACUCCAUCAAACAGCCCGAUACGCAAAGCACAAAUACGCAGGGGUUCCUCUCGGUCAUCUUCAAAUGUGGACGGAGAUCCUCAUUUUAUGAUUGAGCUGCCAGAGAGAGAUGACGCUCUGUGCUUUAACAUCAACGACAAACCAGGAACCAUUCUCAACCUGGUCAGAGACCCAAAAUCAGGCUUUGUGGUGAAUGGCCAAAUCAUUGGCAAGAAGAAAGUUGUUCCUGAUGGGAAAAUUAACACCUACUUUGGCCGUUUUGGUAUCAUCCACGGGAAGCUCGGGGUGAGGCUGGAGGUGAGCACUCGGGACAUCUCAGUCUUCUAUGAUGGCAAGCAGCUCAACCUGCUGUGGUCUGAUGCAGUUUCUAUCAAAGAAACCAAUAUGGACUUGAGCCUGACUAAGAACUGCAGCCUGACAGUGACACUUCGGCACUCCAUUAAAUUUGAGGUCAUUAGACACACAAAGGUUUGGAAGAGACGCCGGGACCAUCAAGACUACCUGGGUUUCUACACCCUGGACGGCCACCACCUGUCUGCUUCGGUUCAUGGUCUGCUAGGUCAAUUCUACCACGGGGUUGAGUUUGAGGUGACAGACCUGCGUCCAGGUCCUCACCUGGAGAAUGUAGAUGCCACCAUGUAUGUGAAGGGACAAACGCUCAACGUGACCAGGCACUGGCAGAAGGACUUCAGCAGCCGGGUGAAGGAUGGAGAAAGUAUUCCCUGCUGGUUUAUCAAUAAUGAUGGGGCAGGCCUUAUCGAUGGGAGAGCCUCAGAUUACACUGUGUCAGGACUUUUUAAGACUGUUUUUUAAGUUGUAAAAAUUCAAAAUGUUAAAUUGCACGAGGGCCAUGUCACUGUGUGAGAGUGGUAUGUCGUGAGAUAUGGCAGAUUCUAGUAAGCUGCAGCGUGUCUUCAUUCAAAUUUACACACAUGCGAAAACAAACAUCUUAAUAACCAGAAUAAUGUCAUUUUUAUGUAACAGCAAUAGAAAAUAACAGCUUAGGAAUCAAAAAUGACAGCUAUAUGUUUUGUGUAUUUAACUGUGUGCAGUUUGCGAAUGGUAAAGCAAAAUGUGUGUUUACUGUUGACAUAACAUGGCAGGUAAAGCAUUCCAAUAUUGGGCUGUUGUCAAACUAGAAUUAGUUCUAUCAAAUGAAUGCUUUGCUGUAAAGAAUAUUUGCUUUCUGUCAGAGCAGGAAGGAAACUGGAUGAUCUUUGAGUGCAAAACUUGGUGAUAAAUAGCGGUGCAGCGGUGGUUGUGCUUGGUGUCAAAGUUCAGUAAUAAAUCUCUAAAUCAUUUUUAGAGCAUCAUGGUAUCACUACAAACAUUCUAGGCCAUUUCAAAGUGUCAGAGGUAAACAUUCAUUGUUUGCUAAUGUUAAUGUCUGAUGUAAAGUACAGUUUGACCUCUGCUCGAUGUGUUUCACAGCAUUAUACUGUAUGUGUCAGUAAUAAAAAGAUGUAACUUCUUUUGCAGUCAAUUACAUAACAAGGUAGCAAAUUAUCUGUAGAUUUGUUCAUUUAUUGUUUCAAGAACUGUAUUUUUUUGUCAGUCAUCUAAAAAAAUGUCAUGUCUCAUAUUCAUAUUUUGCAAUAUACAUAAUUUGAUUAUAUAAAAGAAAUAUCACACAGGA